AUGGGCGCGUCGUUCCAGAUCCCGCAAUGGCGGCGCAUAACUCGACAAACCAUCACUUUGACGAAGAAGAAUUAUCUCUUGUACAAAAAAGCUUGGAUUUCUACAAUACUCAGAGCUCUCAUAUUUCCAAUAGCAGUUACUUUGGUUCUUUGUUUGUUGAGAGACAUUGGUGACGAGUCAACUUCUUACCGCAGUAACACUCCAGAUUAUGGGAUUGCACCUUCAACAUUUCCCGUGCCUGACUUGACCGACGCAAUCAAGUCGGCAGGCUCACAAAAAUUGGUCUUCGUUCGCAAUGGAGUUUCGGAGGACGAUGUCAAUCCAGCCAUCACUGGAAUUGUUAGUCAAUUACAAGGGAUCGAUACUCAUGUCGUCGAUAACCCAAAUGACCUUUUCGAUCUCUGCCGACAAUCUUUAGCUGGAUACAGUGAUUGCUUCGCCGCGAUCCUUUUCCAGUCAUCUAAUGAAACUGCGAUCGAAUACAUCAUAGCCCUUGACUCUAGCUACACAGACACAGACUACUCUAAUCGAUAUGGGAACUGGAAUACCGGCAAGACCAAAAUAAUGGAACGCAUAAUGCCGCUUCAGUGGGCAGUAAAUUCUCAUCUGGGUGGAUUUUCACAAGUCUCAAGGCCGUUAACUCGGCCGCGAGGUGGUGAGCCUACGCAACAGUAUUCUAGUUACAAUGCUGGUGGUGAUGGCGAGGGGAAAUACUGGCUCUUUCUUGUCAGCAUAUUUGUCUCCCCGGUAUUCAUCAUCAUCCUCAUCGGUGUCGUUUAUCAUCUCGCGAUAUUUGUCGCCACCGAGAGGGAGACAUCCAUGGCAGAGCUAAUGGCCGCACAAAAAGUUUCUAUCACACCUCGGAUCCUGUCGACUUACAUCUCUUUCUUUCUGUUAUACUUCCCCGGUCUACUUAUCUGUUCUGUUCUGAUGACACAGCUCUUAUUCCAGAAGACUUCGGAUAUUUUGUUGAUCUUCCUGACAAUUUUGGCUGGACUUUCAAUCAUCGUCUCGGCACACUUCCUCGCAUCGUUCUUUGGGAAGGCUCAGCUCGCAGGUCUCUAUUCUUCAACACUCGUUUUUGCACUUGCACUUGUCACCUUAGCUGCUAGUCUCGCACAAGCAAACCCUGAAAUACAGACAAAAGCUCUUGCUUUCGUAUUCCCACCAAUCGCCUACGUAACGCUCAUUGGCGACAUCGCAUUCCGCGAGUACACUCACAGAGGGUUCUCACUCGCACCUAACAUCACCAACUACCGUGGUGGAGAUGGCGAUCUGAUAAAGAAUCAAGCCAUGAAUGGAUAUCUCUAUGUUAUAAUCUUCAUCCUUCAGAUAAUCGUCUUCAGUCUGGCGACCUACGCUGUCGAGCAUGGUCUGUGGGGUGUUACUCGAAAAUACAGUACCAUCGAAGCCUCAAGCGAUGUUGCAGUGCGCUGCACAAACUUGACCAAAACCUACAGUGGGAAGCGGCGCUGGUACUGGCCGUUUUCGAGGUUGUCAAAGCCUGUCAAAGCCGUUGACGCUCUCAACAUAGAAGUCAAAAAGGGCUCAGUCACAUUUCUUCUCGGCCCCAACGGUGGAGGAAAAACCACAACGCUCAAGUGUGUAGCAGGUAUGACCGCCAUGGACAGUGGCUCCCACUUGGAGCUAAAUGAAGGCGGCCAAGUCUUUGGCAUAUGUCCUCAGCACAAUGUUUUCUGGGAUACAUUGACCGUGUCUGAGCACAUCCAAAUCUGGAGGGAACUGAAGACAGCGGCAUUCGACGACUUUUCCGAAGGCUCUCAAGAUGACGAUGUCGCGGCAGAAUGUGAUAUUGUGGAUAAGCUGAACGCUCGGGCAAAAACAUUGAGUGGUGGACAAAUGCGAAAACUUCAGCUAGCCAUUUCUUUUGUCGGAGGUUCCAAUGUUUGUUGCAUUGAUGAAGCCUCAAGUGGUCUGGACCCGCUCUCUAGACGAAACAUUUGGAACAUCAUUCAGAAAGGACACGCCCGUCGAAGUAUUCUCGUCACCACUCAUUUCUUGGACGAAGCCGAUGUCCUCGCGGACCAUAUUGCUAUCAUUCACAAAGGUCAAAUGGUCUGUGAAGGUGCGCCCACUUCCCUCAAAGCACGUUUUGGCGAUGCCUAUAUUAUACGCAGCAACACUGAAACGUCUGAUGAGCACCUAUGGGAAGCUGCAGAUUCGUCCGAGGCGACUAGAAAGGUUCUCGAACUCGAAUCACAGCGACAAACAGACUCAUAUAAUGUAGUAUUCCCGACUUUAGAGCAGGUUUUCCUCAAAGUGACCUCCAGCUCAGGUACUGCGGUACAGCAAGCGGGUGGUGAUGGCAUUGUUGGAGAACGAAUUGAAACGACCUUGGACACCAACGAGGAUUCAAAUCACGAGGAAGAAUCCAAAGGCGCAGCCGGCAUCGACUUGGAUGUUGGACAAUCUAUUGGCUUCCUGCGACAAGUGGCUGCCCUCUAUCACAAACGUUUCGUCCUUCUCACUCAAAAAGCUGGUUGGAUUUCGUAUGGUAUCAACCUCGCCAUUCCUAUCAUCAUCGCUGCGGCAUUGGCCAAAUACAUUCGCCGUUUCGAUCACUUGCAGACGUGUGCGGCGAAUGAUGAAGCUCUACGCAAUGGGUCUUUGUCGGACAGCAGCUAUUCAUUUGGCGGGCCCAGUUACGCCCCUCUGCAGUCUGGAUAUGGAGCUACCAUCUACGCUUACGAUAAGCCAAGUGCUCUCCUAGGCCCGCCUUCUGAGUUUCAAGGUGCUGUGCAAGAAGACCUUUAUAUCUCAGAUAUAGGGUACUUCACUUACAUAUCUACGAAUAAUUAUGGCACUUCGGGUCCAGAUCCAUCCACGGAAACGGCUGCCAACGCCACAUCGGCAAGGAACAACACUCUCAGCACUCGUGCGUUCGUUUCGUCAGAAGAUGAAAUGGUUGCUCGGCUUGCAAGCUAUUCGACUUCCAUGUCGGAUUACUACAAAGCGCCGUCCGUAGCCAUAUUCGCUCCGACACCCGACUCUUCAGUCUUUUAUUACAAUACCGAGCAAUACUCAACUAGUUUGGACAAGGUAGUGAUUGGCUUUGAUUACCUUACCAACCGAAUUGCCAACUCUACUACGACAACGGGACAGGCGAAGCAGAUAGUCACCUCAAUAAGGACCAUGCGACAUGCAACGAACAAUUCAAAUUUCUUCGGUCUUCCGAUUGGAGUAUUGCUAGUCAUUGCUUUCAUUGGAUGCGUGAGUACCUCUGUCAUCUAUCCAACAUUCGAGAAGAUCAAUAGGGUUCGGGCUUUGCAAUAUUGCAAUGGUGUUUCUCCUGCCGCGUUGUGGGUUGCAUACUGGGCUUUUGAUAUGCAGUUCAUUAUUGUGCAGACCAUAAUUGUCUGGUCUUUGACAUUCGCCGGAAGCGUUGCUCCUGUCUGGUAUGCGCCCAACUACCUCUUCGGAGCAUUCAUCCUCUUCGGUGUCGCUUCUUACCUUGGAUGCUACGCGCUUUCACUGUUUGUCAAGAAAGCGGCCUUUGCAAUCGCAGCUGGAACUCAUGUCUUGCUCUUCGUCAUCUAUAUCGUAGCCUACGUUGCAGUCCAAGAAGUAGGCGGACAGAAUGAGCAAGCCGCAUAUGAGUCCCUCCAGUAUGGUCUUGGUUUGACAUCUCCAGCUGCGAAUCUUGCUCGAGCUCUUUUCCUCGCAACUAACAGCUACGGAGUACUUUGUGGAAAGUACGGGACAGCUGAUACUUCUAAUGGCUUUGCUUAUGUCCGGUAUGGCGCUGUCUAUGCCAAUCUUCUCAUUCAGAUCUUGUUCCUUAUGAUUUUCUUGGUCAUCUACGAGUAUGGCAGCGCGGACUGGUUACGUCGCACAUUUACAAUGAACCGUGGAAUGCCACCACGGCUUCAACAUAUCGUCGAAUCAUCGGAAGCAUCUGCCGCUGCCGAGAAGUCAAUACAGACCUCAACAACGCCAUCUGUGGCAUCAUCCGACAUCCUCGUCGUCUCCCACAUCACAAAAUACUUCAACAAGCUCUUCGCAGUAGAGGAUGUCUCCUUUUCCAUUACGUCCAACUCCACACUCGCUUUACUCGGAGGAAACGGCGCCGGCAAAACAACAAUCAUAAACAUGAUCCGCAACGAGUUAAUCCCCGCCUGUGGCACCAUACACCUCGACGGCAUCAACGUCCUCGCCGAACCGCACAAAGCCAGGCUCUUAAUGGGCGUCUGCCCCCAAGACGACGCCGUCGAUAACCUCACUGUCCACCAAACCCUCAAAUUUUACGCCACCGUCAAGGGCCUAAAAAACAUCGAAGGCAACGUCACAAAGGUUCUCGCAGCCCUCAACAUCACCACCUUCGCCCACCAUUCCGUCCGCGCCCUUUCAGGUGGCACCAAACGCAAACUAUCCGUCGCCAUCGCCCUCCUCGGGAAUCCCCGCGUCUUGCUCCUCGAUGAACCAUCCACAGGUCAAGACGCAGGCGCGAAACGCAUCCUCUGGAAAGCCCUCAAAGACAUCCGCGCCGACCGCGCCAUCCUGCUCACCACGCACUCCAUGGAAGAAGCCGAAGCCCUCGCCACAAGCGUCGCCAUCAUCGGCACCAAAAUGCUCGCCACCGGCACCCUAUCCUCCCUCCAAGAAGCUCACGGCGGCGCAUACAUGAUCCGCGCCGUCCGCUCCGCAAACACCACAUCUGCGCAAGUCCACGAGAUGAUCAACCUUAAAUUCGAAGGUAGAGUGUCGAAUUACCUUGAUGGACAUGGACAGGUGAGUUUUUGUUUGCCGCAUGUGAAGAAGGAGUUGGGGCGUAUUAUGAGGGGGAUGGAGGAGUUGAAGGGGGAGGUUUUCGUGGCUGGUAAGGUGGGAGAGAAGGUGAUUAGUGAUUAUACUAUUAAUGGGCCGACGUUGGAAGAGGUGUUUAUGAAUGUUGCGAGGGAGAAUGGACAUGCUGGGGGUGUGUAA